CGUCAUAAAACUGUUGGCUUAUUUGUACAAACUUACGCCCUUCUAUCACACGAAUUACCAUAUUUCGGUCGUUGCAGUCGACUAAUUUCGCGUUAGUGGACACCAUACGGGACUACCUUCUACGCUAGCUCAGUUCUUCUUUCCCAAAGUAUAAAAUGGCGCCUUACAAAUCGGACUACACCAGGAAUUUUUCAAAAAUAGCUAUGGGGAACAUGUCGGGUGUGACCGAUGUGUCCUACUUUCAUGACUACGACGACAUUUUCGGGAACAGAAGUUUCUUCACGUUUCUGAGCGAGUUUCAGCGAGGACAGCCUCAACUUGUGUACGUGGAAGUCACCAUGCUCAUCGUCAUUAUGAUUGCUGCUUACGUCACCAACAUCAUCCUAGUCCUCGUGUUGACCAGAGACCGGCAGAUGCACAACUGGACCAACUACCUGAUCGUCCAUCUGUGCUGUGUGGACAUCCUUCUGGCCAGUGCUGCUCCAUUUAUCGCCGCUGCACGGAUCACACAAGGCUGGACCAUGGGUUCAGGGGUGUGCCACGGACUCAUGUACACUAUGACUCUCUCAGCUACAGUCACCAUGUGGACAAUGGUUCUCAUCAGCAUAGAACGUUGCCACACAAUCGUCAAGCCGUUCAAAAGAGGCUGCAUCUAUGACAAGCUUUGCUUCGCUGGGACUUUGGCAGUAGUUUGGGCAGCGUGUGGCCUAUAUUGCUUGCCACUCGCUCUAUAUUUCAAAGAAAGGACAUUCCCUUUAGGUGGCAAUGAAGUCGUGAUUUGCACGUUGGAAUGGCCUGCGGUGGGGGCUUCUUACAUCUUUACUAUCCCGGCUCUUCUGCUGACGUUUUGUAUCCCGCUAGUUGUUAUUAGUGUCAACUAUUACCGAGUGUUCAAAACGUUCUGGAAAUCUCGUGCGCGACUGAAGACAAGAGACAUGCCACUCCCUUCUCUCUCUACAGACAGUCGGUCUAAAGAAAGGGGAUCUCCGGCCAGUGUUGGGAAACACCACAAGAAUCUGCCUCGUCAAACUAGCAACGUUGACGCGAACAGAACUAUCCGGUUCAAAGCUACAGCGUUCUCGGGGAAGGACGUACGUGUAGUUAAGGUCCUAGUCAUGUUAGUUGUAACAUUCUUUCUCAUGUGGCUCCCCGUAAUGAUCAUGAUUCUGCUGAUACAAUUGGAUGGGGAGAAUUUUCAGCGCCAUAUGCUGAAAUCUCACCAUUUCGUGGGUGUUUUGUGCUUCACUCUGUGUAACGCCAUCCUUAAUCCUGUGUUUUAUGGACUCCUUAAUGAGAGUAAUAGGAAUGGGCUGCGAAAGUUAUUCAUUAGGACAUGAUAAGUGGAAGGAUUCACACUGAUAUAUUCUACUUAAGUUCUGUUAAGUGUAGAAGCUUUUAGACAGCAUCCAUCAUAUUUUUUAGCUUUCUUCAGCUACUGACAAGGGCAGUCACGUGACACUAAGCACGUCGGCAGAACGCAAAACCCGCAAUGUAUUAUGCAUAGCACUUCGAUAGAACGUCUCAUAUAAUGUAUUUGCGUAUAUAAGGUAAACAUCCCGUCUGUUGUUUUCAAAUAUUAUGUCGAAAAACAUGUUGUCUGUUACAGGCAAAAUUCUGACGCAAAUUUGACCACAAAUCCAACAAAAACCAUGAAAAUUCUGCCGACGUCCUGGUGAUCCAAAGGUUCAAAGGUCAGCAUAGGUCACGUGACUGGAUGAGUGUGUUGUAUAUGAGGAUAGUCGGCGGCGGCCUUGGUCGCGGGUUAAGGAUGGGGAGUGGACUAUGAUGUGAACUGCCUCUUAACCCCUCGCUCAAACAACCUGCUUUCUCAGUCAGUGAUAGCAAUGUUAGCUACAGCGUAAGGAAAUCUGCAGGUCAUAAAUUUAUUUUAAUUUUAAUUCUAUUGCAACGAGGCAAUACAAUGGCCACCCAGGCAGCACGGCUGAUAUCGGGUGCCAAAAGAUGUAUGAGAUCAUAAUCUCACAGGUCAUAAUCUCACAGUUAGUCGCAUAAACAAUAUUAUCUGUAUACCUACUAUCAUACAGACUACUACAACAUCCCUGUAACAAAGAGAAACAUGUAAAUAUUGUAAAUUUACGUUUAGGAAGGGCUCGGGGAUCCCAUUCCUCCAUGAACUGUUUACAGUGUUUGUAAAUUUCGUGCUGUUUUGUGUCCUUGAUCAUGUAAAUAAGGCUAUGACUAGCAUUGAUCUGUGUUAAAUGAUGAUGUUCCUCGCCAAAAUUAAAGAACUC